AUGGCGGCGGCGGCGGCGAUGCUCCUCUCUUCUUCCGCCACAGCCUUCGUCCUAUUACUGCUUUCAGUGGCGGAUCUUACUUCCUCCGCGUUGUCACCGUCGCCGUCGCAGUCGCCGGUCCCCGGUGGCCCGAUCCGCACUCCUAAUGCACCCCCUCCGGCGCCUUCCCCCUCUCUGAGUACUUCGCCUGCUUCUCCACCGCCAGAAACCCCACACUCUUCUCCGUCUCCACCUCCCGAGUCGCCGUCCCCCUCCCGGAUCACGAAGGUACCCGCACCGGUGCCCAACGGCGCCGAUUCAAGGGCAGCGCUGAGCCAUAAAGUGAAGGGAGAUGGCGAAGGCGGCGGCGGCGGGAUGAACGGGGGGAAGAAAACGGCGAUAGUGGUGAGUCUGAUACUGGCGGCGGCGGUCCUGGCGGCGGCGGCUGCGGUGGUCUACAAGAAGCGCCGGGACAACAUCCGGCGGUCCAGGUACAGCUACGCCACUCACAGGGAGAUUCUUUGA